ACCAAAGGCUGCAGACAUACUACAGGAGAUGACCAGAGGCUGCGGACAUACUACAGGAGAUGACCAGAGACUGCAGACAGUACAGGAGAUGACCAGAGGCUGCGGACAUAGUACAGGAGAUGACCAGAGACUGCAGACAUAGUACAGGAGAUGACUAGAGACUGCAGACAUAGUACAGGAGAUGACCAGAAACUGCGGACACAGUACAGGAGAUGGCCAGAGACUGCGGACAUACUACAGAAGAUGACCAGAGGCUGCGGACAUACUACAGGAGAUGACCAGAGACUGCGGACAUAGUACAGGGGAUGACCAGAGACUGCGGACAUAGUACAGGGGAUGACCAGAG